ACUCUGAACUCUGAACCGCCUUUACAUAACUGCUUCUUCCCCUCUCUCUCUCUUCUCUCUCUCACACACUGAAACACACACGCAAUGGCGCUAAUAUAUAAGUACAAUCAAUUCAACCAAACUGAUUGUAUUCACACAUUUUACAUAUUUCACCAGAAUCUGAAAACCCUAAGCAAAAGAGGAAAAAGUGAAGAAGCAGAGGCAAAUUAAGAGCAAUGGCUGAUGAAUAUAAGCGCCGUAACGCGGAUAUCACGAAUCUGAAAUGCGCUGGAUUUGAGGUGGACAUGGUUGAUAAUCGACUGCAAGAGUUCUCUGUGAAGUUCCAUGGACCCCGAGGCACAAAUUAUGAAGGAGGAGUUUGGAGCGUAAAUGUGUUUCUGGCAAGUGAUUAUCCAGUUAUGUAUCCUAUCCUUCAAUUUUCCGACAAGAUUUACCAUCCAAAUAUCAGUUAUGCAACUGGCACUGUGUGUGUAAAUGUUCUCCGACAAGCCUGGAAAAAUGGACAUGAUCUCAAACUACUGUUUGGAACUUUUCUUCCACAACUUCUUAAAGAACCAAACGUCGACCGCCCUUUCAAUUUAGAAGCUGCGAAUUUGAUGAAAAAUGACCCCUCUGCAUAUGAACAGAAAGUUAGAGAUGAAACUGAGGAACAUGCGAAGCCAGCUGCCGUCAAUGCUGCUGCAGAGGAGACAGCUGAGAGUACAGAUUGAUCGGUGAAAUUUUAAUCGAAAAAAAGAAGCUAAUAAUUGAGAGGCAUUCUUUGUACAUUGAAUGUGUAUAGUCGAUUCGAAUAAUAAAACUUGAAUACCCUAAUCAUUUCUUUUGUUGCCGUUUUGAUGGGCUAAAAACGAGAAUCGAGUGAUUUCGAUUUUUGAAGCUGUAUGUUUUUUUUUCUGCAUUUUUAGCAGAGUUAGACCUAUUUCUGCAGAUAUAAUAGAGUUUUUUUUGGACUAA